ACCCACUUAUCCAGAUUUUUCCCCAAAAAUCUCACCGAACUCCAAACCCUAAAAUCCAAUCCAGUGCCAUAGUUUGUGUUUGUGGUAUAACUUUGUAUUAUUUCUCUCAAAAAAUGCAAUUCCUUCCCCUGGGCAUAUUUCGAUCUUCAUUCAUAAAAAAUCAAUUAAAACACAAACGAAAUCAUUAAUCAGUUAAUCCCAUUCAAUUCCUUGUUUAAUUUCGAUCCAUAUUAUGUCAAGAAAAUCACAAUCUAAUCGUUCUAAAGCUUUAAAAAAUUCAAUGUUAUUUUCGAUUGUAUAGAUCCCACAAAAACCGGCCUUAAAUUCGAAUGUUUCUAGUGUUAAUCGAUCAAAUUACAACCUCAGAUCCUCUUCUUCUUCUUUAGUUGCUGAUUCGUUCAAUUCUGAUCAACUUGCACCGAUUUCUCCAUUAAAAUCGGUUGAAAACCCUAUUUCUUCAACACAACUGCCGCCUGCCGCCACUGAACCACCAUCGGCCGCCGCUUCUGGGUUGGCUGCCGGCCACUUCUUAAACACUCGUAGCGGUGACAGAUCUUCAAAGUUGUGUUAUAAUUACUCUCGAUAUUGAUUUUAAGGCACGGAAAUGCAUCCUCCUUUGACGUUACAUAGACACCCAAUGUGUGCUGAAAUAAUCGAACUAUUUCAGAAGUGUCAUAUAGAACAUCCUUAUGGAAAAUUCUUUGGCGAGUGUACAGAUCUCAAGAUAAAGCUUGAUAAAUGUUUCCGGCAGGAAAAAGCUGUAAAGAGGAAGGCAAAUUUUGAAGAGAGCAAGAAACUGAAAGAGAGGCUUCAAGCUGUUAGGAAAGGAACUGCUGAAACCGAGAACGUCAUGUAAAUCCAAGUGAACAUGUUUGUCAUUGGGUGCAUGGAAAUGAGAACAUUUAAAUAAUAACGAUAUAAAUUUUAGUUUAGUGGUUUGAGACAAAUCAUUCAUUGUAUGAACUUCAUUUUUAGCUAUGUUCUGCUGCUGCUUAUUAGCUUGUAGGUGAAAAGCAGUGGAAUGUUUUAAUAACUUAAUAAUGGGUUAACUUCGAUUGUA